AUGGAAGAGUUGAACUUUGACAUUAAUGCUCUUGCGAAUGAACUAGGUGGGUAUUUAGAAAGGCUAAUUAAUGAGCAGAAAUUUGCAUACGAUCAAAUAAUUGGUGCUGUUAGUGGUAAUAUGGGUGGACUUUUCUUCUUAUACGGUCAAGGUGGUUGUGGAAAAACAUUCUUAUGGUCAACUAUAUCAUGCUCAAUUAGGUCUAAAGGAGGUAUAGUUUUAAAUGUUGCUUCGAGUGGGAUUGCUGCACUUUUAUUGCCUAAUGGAAGAACUACACAUUCAAGAGACAUCUUAAGGUGCUCAGAUUCGUAUAAUGCUCAUUUGCCAUUUGGAGGUAAAGUUGUUCUCGGAGGAGAUUUUAGACAAAUUUUACCUGUGAUUCCCAAAGGCUCAAGGCAAGAUAUAAUUCAGUCUUCUAUUAAUUCUUCAUAUUUGUGGCAUAACUGUAAGGUUUUGAAGCUUACAAAAAAUAUGAGAUUGUCACUAGGUGAAAACAACAAGAUACAAGAACUUAGAAAUUUUGCAGAAUGGUUACUCCAAAUUGGUGAUUGUUUAGCUGGUGAUACAACAGAUGGUGAAUCGAUCGUUCAUAUACCAUCUGACAUUUUGGUUAAGAACUCUGAGACAGCUUUGGAUGACCUCAUUGAUUUCGUGUAUCCAGAUAUGUUAUCCAAUUUAUCCAUUGAAAAUUAUUUCAAGGAUAGAGCAAUUCUUGCAUCAACUUUGGAUUGUGUCACUGAUGUCAACAACAAGAUGACUACAGGGUUACCUGGACAAGAAAGAGUCUACUUAAGUUCAGAAUCUGUGUGUGCUGGGGAGGAAAAUAUGGAAUUUGAGUUCGAUGCUUUCUCGCCGGAGAUUCUAAAUGGAAUAAAUUGUUCAGGUCUACCACCACACAAGUUGGUUCUGAAAGUUGGCGCUCCUGUUAUGUUGCUGCGGAAUAUAGACCAAACUAAUGGUUUGUGCAAUGGAACGAGGAUGCAAGUUAGAAGAAUGGGAAAUCAUGUGAUAGAAUGCAAGACUUUAACUGGUAACAAAGCUGGAAGUAUUGUUCUUAUCCCAAGACUGAAUCUAAUUCCAAAUAAUGAAACAUUGCCGGUCAGGGUAACGAGUAAAGAUGGUUUGCGAGUGCUGUUGCAAGAUCAUGGACAAUUGGAAGAUAACUGCACGAUGAAUGUGAUAUAUAGAGAAGUUUUUGAGAGCCUAUAA